CGCGGGGACUCUUGGCGCGCGCCCGGCCGUUGCCGGGAUGUGGUGCUGCCGGCGCGUGGGGCGGGAGCUGCCGAGGCCCCUCCGCCAGCGGUUCCUGCUGCCGCCCGGCUGCGGGUCACGCGCCGCCGCCGCCGCCUCCUCCCUGCCCAGCGCGAGCCCGGGCGGUUUGUACGAGGCGCUGGCGGAGUCGGCCGCCGUGCACUGGGCGGAGAGCGGGCUGGUGGCGCUGCAGGCGGGCACCGGGCUGCCCUGGUGGCUCAGUAUCGUGUGCGCCGGCGCCGCCCUGCGCACCGGCCUCACCCUGCCGCUGGCCGCGCACCAGGGCCACAUCCUGGCCAAGCUGGAAAAUUUGCAGCCUGAAAUAGAAAACCUAGCUAAGCGUCUUCGCUAUGAAGUUUCAAUUCGUGGGAAGCAACUGGGUUGGUCUGAAAAGGUUGCUGGGUUCCAUUUCAGGAAGAAUCUAGGAAGGAUUGUUUCAGAGUUGUAUGUUCGAGACAACUGCCACCCCUUCAAGGCCAGUCUGUUGAUGUGGAUACAGAUUCCAGUGUGGGUGUUUGUUUCCAUAGCUUUGCGUAACUGCAGCAUAGGUGCAGCAGACUCAGAAGUCCUUGCAGUUCAGGAACAGCUGUCGACAGGUGGAACCCUGUGGUUUACAGACCUUACUGUACCAGAUACUACAUGGAUUUUGCCAGUAUCACUUGGGCUCCUCAAUUUGCUGAUAGUGGAGAUCUUUGCUCUGCGAAAACUUGAACUGUCCAGGUUCCAGAAGUACGCUACCAACUUUAUUCGAGGGCUGUCAAUACUGAUGAUUCCUAUUGCUGCAACUGUACCUUCAUCCAUGGCUUUGUACUGGUUAUCCUCCAGCUUCAUGGGACUCUCACACAACCUGCUACUGCGCUCUCCAACUUUUCGUCGACUCUGCCACAUACCGAGGACCAAGUCUGACUCAGACACUCCUUAUAGGGAUAUAGUCUCUGCCUUUUAUGCUAAGUACUUUUUAAAAAAGUGAUUCAUUUUGCACUGGUGGAAGAACUACCCUAUACAGGCAACUUGAGUAAUUCAGAAGUCAUAUUGUUUUGAAAUGUACCUAUUUAAUAUAGGGGCAAGUCUAUGCUACCACACUACAUCAGCACAGUUGCACUGAUGCAGCUGUACUGCUGUAGCGCACCUGGUGAAGAAACUCUUUGCUGACGGGAGAGCGUCUCCCGCCAACAUAGCGCAGUGUGGACACUGCUUUAAGUCGAUGUAACUUAUGUCGCUCAGGGGGUGGCUUUUUCACAUCCCUGAGUGACGUAAGUGACAUCAACGUAAGCAGUAGUGUAGACAAGCCCUGGGUGUCUCCUUGAAACAGUUAGAAUGUGAAAGGCUGUUGUUGGAAUUGUAUUUUUCCUAAUAAAACAAUGGUUGUCUCUGACGUCAAGAAGGGUAAUUGUACUAACUUCUUGGCGCAGUGCAAAAUUGUUGGGAUUUUUUUAGUUCAUGUGGUGUUUUUGUAAGUUGUGUCCAAUUAAUAGCAGCUUCUUUCCUUUAUUGGUAAUACAGGAUGAAGCUGGAUGUUAAAAUUGUGGCUGAUGUAGCUCUGCUAUUUACACUGAGUCUGAUCUUAACUGCAGGCUAGUGAACAACAACAUGUAGCUUUACUUGAAGACUGAAUGGGUCACUGGGUUAGUAAUGGUGUGCUAGAUCUCUUCUCUCAGACACUUGUUCUGGUUCAGAUUCAGUAGUUGACCACAUGUUGUCAAUCUGUUGGCCCAUGGGAAAGUUCUACUGACAACUGAGAUGGUGUUUUUGUGAAACUACAAAGGUGGAUUAAUUGCCCACUCGUUUGCAGUGUCAGCAAACUAAUCUGAAAUAAGAUAGGAAUCUGUGGAUUUACACAGCAUGAGGAAAGGUUUACUGCUACUAUCCAGGGGAACAGGUACAGAACUUUGACUCAGGAUACAAGGGUUCUGUUCUUGGCUCUUAUGACCUUGUGUAAGUCACUUCAUCUCUCCAUAUUUUAGUUUCCCUAUGUAUAAAAUGGGGAUAAUGAUACUUAUCCUGCUUUGUGUUUUUAAAAAAAAGCAUCAUGUGAAAAAGCGUAUUAUUCUGGCAGUAGUCAUAGGUACUGAUCUCACUUUUGUAUAGAACUAUGUCACACGGCUCUGCAAGACCAAAAAACCAUUGUUUUAUAUGUCAUGUACAUGCUGUGGAAUGUUUAAGUUCAGUGUCCAUAAAGAGAGGAAUUAAUUACGACAACAUAAAAUUGAAAUGAAAUGAUUAUUUUAAUUGAAUGCAAAAAGAUGCAGAUAUGGGAAGCCAGUUCAGAUAAUUUAUUAAAUUCACAGUAUCAAAUGUAGAAGAUGUUGGGGCUACUCACUGCACACAUCGAAAGAAUACAUAACAUAGUCUUUCUGACAGCUAUCUGCACUCACACCCUUCUCCUUUGUGGGUUCUUGUCUUGAUUUGCUUUAAUCAUACAUCAGCAGGCAGUUGUGCCUUUGUUCUGAUGGAUCCUCCAAGUUAAACUCCCUUUCCAUUGAAGUUUCACAGCCCUCUCCCAAAAAUGAGAUUUUUGUUCUUCUAACCAGAUGCAUUUUAAAAAAGCCACUCUUGGAUUCCAUGCUUGUUACCUUUCCCUCCCAUUCCUUCUCCCUGUUUGUAUCAGACCUCCUUGUUUGCCCUAAUCUUUCCAGUUUGUUUGUGUCUUUUAGUGUAGAUCAUGAUUAGCCCCCCAAGAGCAGAGCAUAGAGGGAGGGACUUGUUUUAUAAAUGAUAAAAGGCUGGAUUCAUCUCUUAUUAAAAUUAGUGAAAUGGCGCUUAUUGAAUUCAAUGUUGGUUUUGACCCUAAAUUCACAAUUACUGAAACCAGAGCAAGAAGCAGCAUGUUGCUUGUAAUCCUGUUUUCAGUGUUUGUCAUAGUACUGGGACAAAUUCAUACUUGCUGAAUUCUUACGAUCAGUGUUGUAUUUGGCCCAUUAAACUUUAACAAACUGAAUCUCAAACUAACUUCUGUAGGGAAGACAUGCCCGCUGUCUCCAUGGUUAGAGACGAGUGGGUGGACCUGGUGGAGGAGAGAGGAGUAAGUAGGGUUCCAGGCAGGUAUAGAGAAGAGAAACAAGCUGACUGUUUGAUACUCCUUAGCCAAUAUCGAAGAGAAUGGGGCUCUCUGGUGGCUUUGGCUGUUUCUCAGAUAACACAGAAGUGCAGUUGUUGCUUCACCAACUGGCUGAAAAGCCUCCUGCCACACACAGCUGUGGAUGGUGUUAAUCCAGGAUUUGGCAGGUAAAUAGGGAAGGUUUUUCAAAUAUUUUGUUUAAAAAUGUAAAUGUUUAGUUUGUUAAUCUUGGAGUUAUUAAUCCCUACUCCCCCACACCAGAAUUGAAAUAAACAUUCCAUGUGCAUUUAGAAUACAUUCUCUGUAGAGAGCAUAAAAUAUCCCCGUACCUGCUCCAGAAACAUUGAAAUAUCUUACAAGUUUUCCUUUAUCAUUAAAUUGAAGUGGAUUUAGUGCUUCCAUGUAAAGUGGUAGAUUGACUGCCUUGCAGACAGAAAUCCUUCAUUCACAAGACAGGCACUAAAUUGGCAGUGGCAGUUUCCCUACUGUGUUCUUACUGAUGACUUAGGAGAGGUACCACCAGUGGCAGAAUGAGGGUCGCUCAGUGUCCAGGUCUAUUAAAUCCCUGCCCUCUGCUGAGAAUAUUGCCAGUUACAGUGGUAAUUUUUGUAAUGGGGUUCUCACCUGACUGUACAAAUAGCAGUCAACCCUCACAACAUCCAUGUAAGGUUAAGCACAUGAAGGUUAAGACUAAAUUUUCUAAACUGCCUUCUAAUGCUAAGUGUCCAGCUUUGAGGCACUUAUGUAGCAUGGGGUGUUCUUUUUUUGCUUUUUUUCCCCCAGGAGGUGCUAAGUACUGCAUCUCACUGAAUUCAGCUGCCACUGUGGGAGUUCAGCACCUUUUGAAAAAAUAGCCACAAAGUGACUCUUGUUGGAGGCCCAGUGAAAUCAGUGGGUGCUUUUGAAAUUGUAAGUCUAAAUUUGCACUCAGCAGCAAAGCUUACGAGUGCUGGGUAAGAUGUAUGGGAAUAAUACCUAGCUCUUUUAGUGCUUAUCAGUAGAUCUCAAAGUCCUUUACAGAAGGAGGUAAGUACAUUUGUCUCACUGUGGCCUUUAUAGUCUAGUUUAGACCCCAGUUGUAAUCAUUUUUAAAGGGAGCUAAAACUGUUUAGUAGUACAUUACUACUGAGUUGAAGAAAGCUAAUAAACAUGCAAACAUGUUUGAGGCAAAUGGGAAAAACUGACCUUGUGGGAGCACUUAGAGUCUCUCGAGCACCCUACUCAGCACAGAAGUGGCCCAUUGUUCAAACACAUCCUUGCUUUUUUUUCAAAUAUCUUGAACUAGGUAGAUAUACUAUAUAGCCAAACAAGGCAAUGAUGACACAAAAGCAGAUGUGUGUCUGUUUCCAAUACAUCCAGAAACAUACAAACAGAAACAACCUAGCUGUAGCAUUUAUGUCUGUAUUUCUAUUCUCAGUGUGAAUGGAGAUGCACUGAAUCACUGGAUACAAUCCAUCACUUACACCCACUUUGCUGGGCAUGCAAUAUAAGAUGUGAUAAAUACUUCUCCCCUUCCCUGACACCUGUGGAAAUAACACACUACUUUUCCAGAGAUCCAGUCACAGCUAGUAAAACUACUCCUUCCCACAAAGAAAUGCAGAGCAACUUGAGCACUGCAUACACAACACUGCUAACUAGUGUAAUCAAGGAAAAAAUGCAGUCCUACAGUUUGCCUGGGAUGCUCAAAUGCAACACUAGAGUUUUCAGCAAGGUCCAGUUUAGUCUAAUUUUUCAGUUACACUUACAAAAAAGAAAAUGAGACUUGUCUGUGGGCAGAUUGAGUCUGGCUCAGGUACUAUCUGAACUCCCAGUUGUUUUCUUUUUGUCACUAGAUUGCAACUUUUGGUACCAGUUUAUGGUUUAUUCGACACAGCUUUAAAAAUAUAAGCUGUAACAUUGAGUUAUUUACGCACCCUAAAGAUUUUAUAGAGGUACAGUUAUAAAAAUCACAUAGGAUUAUAUAUUCUAAUAUAUAAAUCUAAAUCCUGAACUCAUUUCUCAUUUUAUUUACUACUUUAGGGCCAGUGUGCAGUACAAAAAACCAAAGGCGCUCCCUGCCUCUAUUAGAUUAGUCAGAGAUCCCUAUCCUGCAAAUACGCACCUAUUUAAGUAUAAGCAUUAUGGAACUAGUCAUGUAAUUACACAGGUAAGUGCAGGAUUGAGGAUUAAGAUUUGAUCCAUUUUUUAAUUGUACUUUUAAAUAUCUUAAUAACCCACUUUACAAUGUAACUUGCUUGAGUCUUGUUGGGUAGAAAAACGAGGCAGUGAAAAGAAAUGAAAUAUUGGUCUUGGCACUCUACAAAAUAGAAAGGAAGAAAUAGAAAUAGAAUGGUCUGUCCAACAAUGUUUACAGGGUUUAUUUCUCCUCCCUCUGAAGUCAAUGGAGAUUUUUCAUUGACUAGAAUUGGAGCAAGACCUACCCUUACUCUUAUUCACAUACAUAGUACAAUUGAUCUCAUGCUACUGCUAAGUUCUUGGCCUAAGAUGAGUGAGUUUUUAGGGAAGGGUCAGAUAACAAAACUAGAGAUUCAUAAUUAAGUGUGAAUAAAACAAAGGGAGAGAAUCCAAAACUGAUUAAAGGCUCUCUCACAAUCCGUGAGUAGACUGGAGCUCAUUGUCACAGGAUGUCAUUGAGACCAAGAACUUUGCAAAAUUCAAAGAGGGAUUGGACAUUUACAUGGAUAAGAAUAUUUAGAAUAAGCAAAUGAAAAUAAUGCUUACUCAACUUUGCAAAAUGCUUAGAGAGCUACAAUUGAAGAGCAUUAUAUAUCUGCAAAGUAUAACUGUAAUAUACUUUUUCCUUGCUUCCUAUCUUCUGUUAAAAUGCAUAAAGUUUCACAGAAGAAGCCUUAUACCCCUUGUAUUAGUUUCAAGGGAAGCUGGGAAUCAAUUUAAGCAUAAGAGAAUGUUAAGUAUUAAAUGCAUUCUAUCACAUUCAGAGCAAGAGAAAAGGAAACAUGGUACUGCCUCUAGGUGGCACCUAUGAACUAAAAAUAGGUUUAUAGUUAAGUCUGUGCUUCAGAACCAGAAUUGAAUUUUGGGGGUACUACCAUGGAAAUCACCACUGUUUAUCUGUGUUCUCUUUCAAAUAGUGUGUGCACUUGCUGUAUUUGCACAGCUGAAUGUAAGAGUGGGAAAUUCCUUUGUGUCCAGUAACAUUACUUCUGUCCAUUGGAAAUAAGUUCAGAAGAUUUCCCUAAUAUUUAUAUUUUUGUAUAUUAAAUUGAAAUUAAUAUUCCACUAAGGCAAUGACAUUGGGCAAAAUCUGACUGGUUCAGGUUCAAACUGAAAACCUAUUCCCCUUCUUGCACAAUUAAAAUAAGAAUUUUUGAUGUUAGGCCAGAUUCAUUCAACCCUUCCUAGCCCUGCUUUCAGAGGCGGUUCCAGCUCUUAGGAUCCUCAUUGACCGCUGCGUCUUCCUCUUUGUUCAGCUUCCCCUGAUGUGGCUUACCAUGGGCAUCUUUGACAUGCAAGCGCACAGCAAUUCCUUCAAGUUGCUCCGUUUGUUUAUCCCAGCUGGCCUUUUGGUGUGUUACAUAUUCUACCAUCAGUCAUUUUAUGCCUCCUGUGGGGCAAUAGCAUUCCACUUCAUGCGUCAACCCCAGAUGUCAUUUGACAUUUAGUCACAGCACAGAGAUUCCAUGAAGUUAGGCCUCACUUUUUUUUUUUUACCAUUCAGCUGAACAAGUAAUACUGUAUCAGGGGAUCUUUUAAGGACCGCAUGCAAAUCCAAAGUGUUAAUGGACUUCCAUCGCAGCGAAAUUUGGUGGCAGUUAGCAUCCAUCACCUGCUUCUGUGUCUGCAUCAUGCAAAUGAGCCAGCCUUUCAUGAAGGUUGAAACUAUCCUUCCUCAAAACCACAGGAGGAAAGGAAGAUACAACAUAUUCAACUGGUAAGUGAAAGCCUCAAGGAUGGGGGGAAACAGGCCACUGUCUUCACCUGUUCUGCAGCGUCAGCAGGAACAGCUGUGGUAAACAUAUGGAGCAAUGCCAGGUUUAUGUGACUUUUAUGGAAUCAUUCUGGGAAAAGAUUAUCUUCCAUCUUCAUGGCAGUUAUGUAAAGACAGAGGUCUAGUUUCCUGAACAGCUGGGUAGAGCAUAUGUACUAUUAAUAUAAAGGGCAGUUUGCAGAGGAGUGGUGUGUGUUUUAUUUGUUUUUGCACUGUUGAGAUCUAGACACAUAAUAUUUAACAGAAAUCCGUUCUGGAGAACAUUUAUAAGCAGCUGUGAUUAUCUGUGGAUCCAUAAAUUUCCCCAGUCUGAAACGGAUACCAUACAUUUGGUAGCAGGUCAGCGGUCCAUUUAGUGUUGCCAAUGUUAAAAGUGAUCAGAUCUGGCCCUCAGAAAUUCACAGUUGCUCUCGUAGAGAAAGUAAAUUCUCAAUGUUCGACUAUAUUUCAGAAAGCUCUAAAUACACAAUGUGGGGGAGAAGGGUUGCUGUAUAUUUGUAAAAUUGCAGAGGUUUUGUACAUACUAAAAGUUUUAAGUAGUGCUUGUACAACUGUUCAUUACUUAACAAAUACAAAUGCACUGAAAAUUGUAAUAUGCAAUAAAAUAUGUAAAAUUGUAAUAAAAUUGUGUAUUAAGAUUCA